UGGAAAUGUUACACUGAACUUCUGACUGAACACUGACUUCAAUAGUUUUUUAUUAUUACAUUAAAAAAAAGAUUGAAUUUAAUAAAAUUACAUUUAUUCAAUUUAGUUACCUAGUCUAACAGUUUCGAAUAUUUAUGCCCAAGCAGUUUGAUCAUCGGAGUCUGUCUAACAGGUUGGAAGAAAAUUGCCCACUCAGUUCGAUCAUCGGACUACUAGGUAGGACAGGAUGGAAUGAACGAAAAGUCGUACAUUCAACUAAAAGCACCUAAUGUUUUCAAAUAACCCUCGUUGAUAAUGAAAAUUUACAACUUUCGCUGCUAGGGGACCGAAGCGGCAGGGAGCAUGCGCAAUGCGACCUCCUUCACAGCACGCACAGUGCAACCUCUUCCCGAAAUAAAUCAACAUCAAAUAGAUCGGAUAUUCAGACAAAUUUAUUGUAUAUCUGUCGCAUAAAAGAUAUGAAUGAGGACCACAUCGUUCUCUCUCGAGGUGCUAAUCCUUCUGUUCCUGACGCUGAUCCCGUGGCCGGGGCCGUCGGUGUUCAAGAUCACGUGUUCACGUGACAAUUCCAAAAUCGUCAGGAAAGUUAUACAAAACAAAUGGCUCCCCGUUUUAGAGCGAUUUCAGGUAAAGCUACCUCUAGAGUGUCCGUUCCACCCGGCGCGCGACAUAUUUUCGCCGCAGCACGCCGCCAAGCUGCAGCACCGGCCGUCGCAGUGGACGUGCGCCUUCUGCGGCAAGUCGUUCUACGAAGAGCGACACCUCGACACUCACUUCGACCAGCGACACAAGAACCAGAUUAACAAAGCGGAGGACGCAGUAUGUCUCGCGGACUACUGUGACAUCAUGCGGUGCCAAGUGCUGGUGGCACAUGGACUACUUAGCGUUGGCGGCGGGCCUGGCACCGACAUUGAGGUGUGGCAAGACAUGGAGGCAGCACGCAAGGCACUAGCGCCGGCCGCCACCCGCAGCGUGGCGCGCGUGCCGCAGCGCCGGCGGUCGCGCCCGCGUCCCGACUCAACACCGGCGCCCCGAAGGGACUGCCCAUCUACCGACACCCAGCCUGAAGAACCCGAAGUCGAAGAGAAAAGGACUGAAGAUAGCGAAAGUGAUGCCAAUCAAACGGCAGAGCUGUGCGACGCUGACACAGUGGAAUCAUCUCUUCCUCCAGACAGUCGUCAGAAACGGCUAGCCGAUUUGCAAGCGGAGAGGGCUGCUUGCGACCCCGCCAGGCUUCAGGGUCUCAAGGUCAAAUGCGAGAGGGUCGUACACUCUUGCAUAGCGACACUGUUGCUCCACUUAACACAGCACCAGUUUACGGAACUUGAAGAGGAGAUGCAGCGCGCCGUGUGCUGGUACCUGAGCUGCGAUCGCUACUGGGAGGAAACGGCGCCGAGCGCUCGCGCCUUUCCCUGGCCGCUGCUGCUGGCGCUCGCCACCGGCCUGGCCCUCGCGCUCUGCAUGUGCUACUACAUCAUUUGGAUCGUGUUUGACUCGGAGGAGGGCAGCAUCGCCGGCAGCGCGUCAGUGUCGAUGACGACACACUCAUCCCCGACGCGCGGCGAGCGGUUAGUGGGCGACGACGGACUUGACGACCCAGACCAAGACGACCACUACAUUUACGUCACCUACCCGCCGGAGCUCAAGCGGCGUCUGCUCGAGAGCUGCUACAAUAGAACGACUCGUCUCUGAGACACGACGUGCCAUGUUGCGUCGCGCAUGCGUAAUACGUUAUACCACAGUAGAUUAUACAUACGUGUAGCAUAGUAUCACUUCUGCAGUUCGAAUGUCUAGUAAAAAGUACCUUUUAUCGAUACAAAAAACGCUGAUAUAAAAAAAAAGAUUUUGUGACAUAAUUGUCAUUAAGGUUACGACCAAGUGACUACAAUUAUGCAAUUUGCAAUGUUAUAUCUAGGUAUACAUUUUAUUUACAUUUUAGCUAGUCGGAUCAUGUGAACUAAUAUUUACAAAACUAACGAACGAAUUAAAGUUUUUAAGCCAUUGAUCGAUAAAAGAUACAGUUAUAUUAUGAUCUUAGCAUAAUAAUAUUUUUACAUAAUAAAAAUAAUUUGUAAAGUCCCAAUUGAAACAAACGCAAAUACGAAUAUAAAAUUUAUUAAUUUAUCUGCUGUCUAAAAGUUUUUACUAGCAAAAAAAAACUAAAAAUGAAGAUCCUCAUUUUCGCAAUAAUACUGACCUUAUGUAGUUAGGCUAGGUUAAACCUUAGCUGUAUUUUGCUUUCUAAAAUUGGUGCCUAAUUUAUCCUUAGAAUAAAGCGAACUAUUUAUUUUCUUUAAUUCUCUAGUUCUUCAGAAGAGACUAUUGUACAUAGAAUUUGGGUUUUUAUCUACCUAUUAGAUACCUUUUUUAUAAACCACUUAUCAAAACGACUCUCGAUAUUAUCUAAAUAAUGGAUUUUUACCAGAUGAUAUUUCCGAAAACUCAGUCCCAUUGUUAGUUACCUAAAAAGGAAACGUGACCAAACUUCGUUUUGAUGUGUGUAUUUAGAUGCAGUAGAUAAUUUAGAUUCAUAUUUCUUUUAUGUUUUAUAGAAGGUAUGUUAAUUAAAAGGUUUGUUGAUUGUGAUUGUGACCUACUUUCAUGAUUAUCAUCAAACGAUUUCACACUACGCGGCGCCUUCUUCGUCGCAUCGGCGCAUUCUCGUUUCGUUUCUGUACCGAAUCUGUACAGAUUCUUUACCGCGAACCAUUUACAGGCUUCUUUUCGUUUUGAUUGAGCGAAAUGACGGGACGGGCGAAUCGAAUGGUUCCGUAGCACUCGGUACAGAGAGGUGUAUAUGCGCUUGGUAAGUAUCUGUACCGAAAAUACUCCGUUAGGAAACUCUUAUCCUUAAGGCUUGCGCAGACGAGGCACUUUUACCGCGGACUCGUUUGUCCGCCAAAAUACAUCGCUUACAACUAGUUUUGAGUAACGGACACGAUGGAUUAAAAGUAUCGCGCACAAAAAGUCCCAUGAAUAGAGAGAUCGGAUUGGACUAAGGAAGGGGGAGUCCCUAGCCAUUAACUUAUCGAUUCGAUAUAGAGGGAAGGACCCAGUAAUCUAUUUUAAAAAUUCCUAUCUUUUCUUAAACUUCAUGUUAAUUAUAACCUAACGAAAUCUCAGAACAUUUGCUUCUAUAACGUGCGCUUCACUAAAUUUCUGGGCAACAAAUGAUCGUACGCGUUGUUUAUUGAGUCUGUGGCACGUUCUUGACAGACAUUUUUUCACAAUUCAGGUUUUUUUUGUCCUCUAAGGACAAAAGUCUCUUCGCAAGCCUUUACGUUAUGGUGUUAUUUUUAUUAUUAGGAAUGUGCUACUGAUAGACAGCUGAUGUCAGAUGCUAUGCUAAAAUACUAAUAAUUAAAUUAAUAAAAAUAUUUCUUCCUCUACCAAAAAUACAUAGUAUUGUGAAAUCGUCUUUAUGAGAUCAUAAUAUUAGUGUCAUUUGUUAUUUUUCACACCCAAGUGCAGUUAUUUAUCAUAAAGCUUUCAUUAUUCAACAACUUACUGUGGAUAUUUUAUUUAUUUUAUUGGUAUGUAGUAAUGGAAAGGUACAUGAGGCUGCUUACGAAGAUCAGACAUUAAUAUAUUCUGGUGAAAAAAAUAUAUACCUAAUGUAUGUAUGUGUGACACACGUCUUGAAAUCAUGUCUGUUAAACGUCGUUUUAUAAAAUCGACAAUGAAAGUCGAUGAAUAUUUAUGUCUACUUGAUAGUAGAUCUUAUACAUUUGAUGUGGAAAAGCGGCCUUAAGGUGUGGUAUCGGGAACGCACAAGUAACCGUAACGGAUUCUCCGUCGAUCAAACUGGAAUAAAUUCCAUUUGUCAAGUUAUAUUUAAAAGUAUGUACCUAUACGUAAUACCUAUUUGUCCUAACCUCAAAGUAAAAGCAAUAUUCAUAUAGAAAAUGUAUGAUGCGCUCUCGAUUGUAUCUAGCUACAAUGGUCUAAGUAUGUACUUAGACCACAAUCAAUUGCAAUGUUUUUGUCGAUAUGUCAAACUUUUGUCGUUUAUUGCAACUAGAGUUACUUCUUAGGGGUGCAUUGUCUCUUAAAAUUAUAUGAGAAUCAUCAUUGAUCAGCCAGCUGACUUGAUUUUGUCCAUUGUCGCAAGUUAUACUUUGCCUAAGAACUCACGGCGCAAUUUCCUCUCGCGCACGCGCAGCUGCGGGACCGCAAGUUGCGUAGAAUGUGAAAUAGUCAACGAUAUUAAAUACAUAACAUAAUAGAUACACUACGUGCGCUCAAAAUGUGUCCCAAUUAAGAAGUGCUUGUACACGACUCAAGCAUUUCUUGGUUCACAGUCACGCGCAGACCGUUGAAAAGUCAACAAGCCACUGUGCUCCGUGAAAAAUGCGAAAAUAAUACUUAUAGUAUGUAAAAUGUCGUUUUUUCAACGGGUAUGUAAUCAAUGUCUGUUAAUUUAACGCAUCUGAAGUAAAUUUUGUUUUAAUAUUUACUAUAAACUGAUUUAAUAGAAAAUAUUUGUGAUAUUCAAAUGCAUGGUCGGUUAUACGUCGCCGUAUAUCCGUCUCUUUUCCUUGCGGUCCGUACCUGCUAUAUUGCUAACCGCGCAUUCAGAAUUGCGCGUAGAGUCAAAGAAAUAAGGUCUAUAUUCUUCCGCAUAUAGCAAUAAGUCGUAAAAUUUUACGCGCCUAUAUUUCGGACUGUCAUAACUCUUUGACGCAUAUUAUGCGUUUUAAUGAAGACCUUACACAAUUUGAUUUAAAGGUGAUUUUCAAUGAUUAAAUAAUGCCUUAUAUUGUUUACACUACGCGAUCAUCUUACGGAGCUCCGUGAAUCGUCCAAUAUACCUUGUGGACAGGUUUCGGGCAUGAUUUUAUUCGUAUUGGUGUAUCUAGGUUAUUUAAUAUCAUUGGAAAUAGUAGGUAAAACGCAAACACGCUGCGACUUACGCCCGCAGAGCUCACGGAUAUUUGCUUCACCUGCUGCGGGCGCGCGCGGGACGCGAUUUUCCGCAGACGUGGAGGGCUUUGCUCGAUCUCACAACCGCGGCGGCUGCGGGACCGCAAAAAACUGCGGUCUCGUGAGUUUUGAAAUAAAACAGCUCCGCGGCCACCCGCGCCAGGUGCGGGAAAAACCCUCUCCGUGAGUUCUUAGCCCCUGUGGUAACUUGAUGUGUGGCUGACUGUACAUAAAAUAUAAGGAAAAAUCCUUUUCCAUGAGAUACUAAAUAAUAUUACUUAAUUAACAUGAGAUCCAAUGAUAACGGUUACGCGUUGAGUUGUGAAAUAUAGAAAGUAAAUGGUUUAUUGUAUUGUUACUUUAAGCAUUUAACUGCUGGAUUUCUAAAUUUAAACGUUUUUUUUACUAGAAUGAAUUCCACUUGUUCCUUUUGAUCAUAGCCACUUGCAACUAGAGCUACUACUUAGGUGUAUAUAGAGUAGAUUUUUUCUAGUAAAAAAAAACUUAUGAUGUAAACGGUUGUUUUCGAAAAGAUUUUAUAAUGUAAGGAGCGUAUAUUGCUUUUAAGUAUAUUAACACUAUAAGUAAAAAAUGUGGCAAACUGUACAUAACGAAACAAUGCACUUGUGGAUUAGUUUUAUAAUUAAAAUGUGCAAAAUUGCAACAAUUAGAUACUGGAAUCGUGCCAUGAAAUCUCAUGGGGUUUUUUAUGUAUUAUUCCUUUCUUUUUGCUGCAUCCUAAAGGCCUAUUUAUUAUUAUACCGAUAAGUAAAUGUUACCGGCAAUUUAUAAAUGUAAUAAGAAAUUCUAGAGAAUGUAUAAAACGUUCAGGCAAUGUAUUUAAGCGAGAUAACUGGAAAAUGUGCAGAGCAAGCAUGUGUUGCCCUCAAAUUACAGAACAGAGCGCACGAAACACGCAAUGCGUGGGAUCAAAGCAAAUACGAAGUCAAAACUAAAAACUUUUUAGUCUUUUUGAACAGUUUUUACAAUGUUUGAAAAGUCGGCACAGUUUUGUUAAAAACUUAAUAUUCACGGGACGUAUUCACAACACGAUAUGUUGCAGUGUACUGUCUCGAUUGACAUUCGCUUUUGACUUCGUAUUUGUUUUUUGUCCCUUGCGCUCCAUCUGCCUUUUGCUCUGUAAUCUGAGGUGUUGCCAAGUUUUUAACAUAAUCACCAUGUCAUAAAAUAAUUUCUUACCUUAACUUAAUAUGACAAGCUCUGAAAGUAGAAUCCUUAAACUCAAAUAUUUCGUUAAUUUAAUGCAUCAGUAAUAUUUUACAUUCUGGUUCAGGGCACUAAUCUAACUCGCACUUCCAAAUCUAAAAUGAAUGAGUUUUCAGAAUACGCAAUUUAAUAAAAAAAUAAUAAGCCGAUAUUAUGAUAGAAAAGUAAUUGGAAUUAGGUAAACCACAGAAUAAGCACAAAUAAAUUUGGAUAAAUAAGCCAACAGUUUGAUGCUUUUUCAUUUUAUACUUUGCCUCAUAGCAUCCCUUCAGUCUAAAAAAAUAUAAACGAGCUAGGCAUUCUUCAUAAUGGCUAAAGUAUAUACUUUGCCCGUGACAUUUACUCACAUAAGAUCGGCAAACUAUUGGAGUGAGAAACAAUAUUGAAUAAGAGAAAUAUGACCUCAUUUGUAGUUUAUCACACUUGUGAUAACUUUACUAAUUUAUUUACUUAUUUAUGUAAGAACAUUAGGAUACGUACACAUUAUUAGAUUUCAGAUUACAUUCAUUGUGUAAAGCAAAAGUGCAAAAUUUUAAUAAGUAGCUUAAUACAAUUUAUACUCGAAAAUGCUUUCAAGAGACUGAGACUGUAAGGCGAUUUAUUUAAAGUAAAUGAUCACGAAAGUACUAUGUAAUACUCACAAGCACCUUCCAUUUCAUUUAUUUACUUUGUAUAUUGACCGUAAUAAAGUUUGUUAAAUAAAAAAUGAAAACAAUAUUGUGUAAUUAUUUAUUAAAACUGUACAAAUUGCAGUCUUUCUUAUAAAACUUAUAAUUUAAAGUGUAGAUUAAGUUGUAAACACACAUUUUUGGCUCAAGUCUGAACUUGAUUUAUAAUAGAAAAGUAAAAUUUUUAAUAUAAUCGAAGUAAGAGCGCAUAUAAAAAGCAUCCCCGAAAUUUCAAGUACAAGGUUAUGUUUUAAAUUACUUUAAUAAUGGUAUAAUUAAAAUCUAUAUGUAUACACUCGGCGUGACAUAAAUCGCAAUAGCGUCAUUUGCAAGCCCAUUAAAUCAACUUAAGAAAAACAAUUCCAGUUCAUUAAAAAAAAAGCUUGAUACUACAAAUGUGACUUUAAAAAAAAAUGCCAAUUUUGUUCCUCAAAAGGGCCAAUAGUUGCACUACCUUUACAAAAGGGUUAAUCCAGGUUCAAUGGGGGUUACCCUAGCCCAUUGGUUGCAAAGGGCCGCCCAUCACAGCGCGUCCUAUAUGAACCGGACAUCAUGAUAGUGGCUAGGCUGGCCCAAUCUGGCUGCAUGUCAGAAGGCCUAAUCCGAUGGUAAAGAGUUUACAUGCGGUUAGUGGAGUUUGAGCUGGGUGGCACACAAUGCCCACCGAAGCAGACAAGCUCGCACUUACAGCGUUCAACGCAAACCGAGAGCUGUCCAUCGAGAUGCCACCGCCACCACCUAGCAACACGACAAAGAGAAAAUGCGGCCCUCCGUCAGCCCAACAAAACCAACAGGAGAAGCACGUCUGUGCGACUGCUCGAACGCCGGACCCGCGUGACCCGCGCCAACGCAGGUCCCACAGUAUCAGCGACAAGUCUACGCCGCCGCUUGAAACGCCGACGACAUCACCACAACCACAGCCACAGUUAACGACUCCCGUAACAAUGCAACAGCGGGAGCAACGCCCAAGACAUCAUCAAGAAGUCAUCGGCUCGCCAACCCCAACCAACUCAACACUCGGCACAUCGGAAGCAACGAUGGUAAAAAGGGGUAUAGCGAGACAGCUAUACCGACAAGAGAGCCGGUAAGAGAAAAAACACAACUACCCUCAAUUACUUACAGGUAGUGGCCACGUCCCUGACCCCGCCUCCACCUGUAUGGAACAAGCCUGCCACAACAGUGGGCAAAACCGGCCCAAUCACAAACGCGACAAUACCACGAACCGAGGUAAGCGACCACGCGCUGGCCUCGCUCAUGACCCCAGCUAACGCACCGCCCGUCCACGACGGGACUAAUACCACCCGCCGCCGCGCCGUCGAAAAAAAAGUGGUCGCCACGCUGGUCAAAAAAUCGACGCGGCGCAACCACAGCCACCUGAAAAACUGGCGCCUGGAUCCAAACAGGCAUACACAACACAGGACGACAUACAACGCCUGUUCGCCCUCGCCGAACAGCUCCAGAUAGGCCUCCGCUCUAUAAGUCAACAACAUUUGUACAAGCCAUUUUAAUAAUAUUUUUUUUUAAGUUUGCAUUCCGAGUCGAUGCACUCUCAACUGCUGACACAGUUGACCCAGUAAUUGUUUUAAGACCAAUAUUAUAUGACAGUACAAUAAAGGCAUUCACAUCAUAUUGACGUAUUUUAAUAAUUAUCUCCUGACUAUCGUCCCGUGAGUAAUUGACAUAUUGACAGUCGUAAGGGUUUUAGUAACGGCCCCUCCAGUUUGGUCCUUCGAGCGAACUUUUCUAGAUUUUCGGUUUCGCGAAAAUACGUGAACGUGGUUUAGGAAAGUAUUAUCAGUGACAGGAUUGACAGUGCAUUGCGAUAAUAUUAAGUGACAUAUUAUAUUAGUGACGGGGCGUCCAGUGACAAUAAUUUGCAAUACUAUAGAAUCUUAUGACAUUCUGCAGUGACAUACAUUAGUGACAAUACAAUUAUUAAGUGACGCAAAUAGUUGUCACUAUUUGCGUAUUAAAUAAUAAUUAUUUGCGUAAUAUAUAAUAAGUAAUAAAAAAAUGACAUCAAUCAGUGACAAUUUAUAACUCAAUUAUUGACAUUAAUUAGUGUCAAUAAAGUUUUAUAUCAAUUAAUGACAAUUGCAACAUUUAGUAAAAUCAAAAAGUGACAUAUUUUGAUGUGCUAAUAUAACAAUCAAGCAAAGCCGUGUAGCCUUGCGAGUGACUAGCGAUCGAGGCGCACAGCGUUGUAGCAAUCAUCUCUGAAGCUAUACCUGACAGAGGAGCCGGUGGUCUGUUCGCGAACUUCUCAUCGUGACAUCGUUGUCUCUCGGAUUUCUAGGCAACAUCCUACACAGCUGACAUCAAUAUCCUGCAACUGGAGUCGGUGAUCUAUCAAUGAACUUCUCAUCGUGACACCGUCGUCUCUUGGAUUCCGAAGAGACAUUCGUCGCAGGUGACAUCAGUACCAAGUAAGACUGUUUCAUUAUUACUUAAACGACGCAUUGACAAGAAUGGAGGCUAUUUUAGAUAAUCAGCAGUCCGUUAUAGAGGCUUAGAAAGGGAAAAUAUUAAUUUCAAGAAAGAUUAUUUUAGAAGAAAGACUCCUGAGUACAUUGCUAGCAAGUUAGAGAGAGUAGACAAAUAUUGGGAAGAUUUUGAAUUCAAUCAUGACUAACUAUUGAAUGAAUAUUUUAUAAAAAAAGGUGUACCAACAAACACAAGAAUAUUAUGAAUCGACGCGGGAUAUGAUUGUGAGUUUCAAGAUGUCAGGUGACAAAAUAGAGAUUGGGCAAAAUACAGUAUCAGAUGACACAUCAAAGUUGAAAAAUUUGAUACAUCAACAAAGAACCAACUUUAAAGCGUUUCUUAGGCAAAUUCAGUAUUGUAAUGUGGACGGGAUAGAUGAAAAAUGUGAGUUAGAAAUGAACUUCGUAACAUAAAAGCACGCUGGGAGUGUAUUGACAAACUACAUUGGAAAAUAGAUAAUUUGAUAGACGAGUCGAACCCGGAAUAUGAAGAUGAGUUUAACGAUCAAGAGCAAAGAGAUAGGAAAAUAAAACGGAUUUAAAUAGACACAUAUCGUGUACGGCUCAUCUUAAAGAAUCAACACCGAAAAUGGACUCUCCUGUGUUUACAGGGAAUUAUAAAGACUGGCCUACAUUUUUAGAUUUGUAUAAAUAAACGAUACAUAACGACACUACACUCAGUAAGUCACAAAAAAUGCAGCACCUAAAGAGUAAAGUGAGAGGAGAGGCAGAGAGAUUGAUCCAGCAUCUCCACAUCUCUGCAGACAAUUAUGACACCGCAUGGGAUAUUUUAUGUCAACGUUAUAAUAAUAAACAACUCCUUUUUACCAAACAAAUAGAAGUGUUUCUCAACCAGCCAAGUAUUUAAAGCAAAUGUCAUAAGAGAUUAAAAAAUUACAUGACACAAGUAAAGAAUGCAUGCAUGCCAUACAAAAUCUGGGAGUGGACAUACUCGUAGCAACGUGGGGUCCUCUGCUUGUAUAUCUCUUGUCUAAAAAGCUUGACACAGAGACUUAUCGCGAUUAUCAAGAGGCAAGAAAGAACCCUCGGGAACUUGCAAAAUUAGAGGAUUUCUUUGCAUUUAUAGAACUUAAAACAGCACUAGAGCCUAUUCGAAAAAGAGAAGAAUUUAUAUUAAAUAAAAUGACAAAAAAUGGUGACAAAAUUUGACAAACAUGAGAAAAAAUAUAGGGAUCUCAAAUCACCCUAAUCACGGAAAAUGCAGUACAACUCUUAGGCCUUCGUCGACAACAAGUCAACGCGUCCGUCUGCGGAAUAGGGGUUGCUCCGAAGAAAGGCAUGGGCAAAAUCGCCCUGAAUUAAAAAUCUAGGUUUCAGGUUAGUUUUAAGAACUUAUUUGUAUUUUUUUGUGUAAUUAAUCUGGUUUUAAUUAAAGCCUAAUUAAGGAUUUUUAUUGUUUUGUAAACUUUAUUUGCACGGCUCCAAUACAAAAUAAUAAUUAUUUGAAUUGUUUUUUAAGUUUAUUUAAUGGGCUUUCAAAUGUCACCAAUAUUGGUUGGGGUAAAUGCGUGUGUUGAUUAUAAUAACGCUUGAAAGGUAUUAUCGCGGAGGUGCGCUUUUUUGACGCCGAGUGUAUAUAUAACUUUACUUCAACCUAAUUAAUUAUUCUUUCUUAGUUAACUACGAUGGGUUUUGAAACUUUACCUUUGUUCAAACUUCUCUAUUUACCAGAUCAAGUAUAACUUAUUUAUUUCACAAACUGAUACAUAGUUCAGUGAGUCAGUAAAAUAAUAUAGAGUAGGUAAGUCAAGACUGGCUAUUUCCAGCCAUCACAAUGUAAAAUAACCCUUUUGAUAAUAUUAACUUCGCACUGUAAACAAAAAUUGUAGCAUUCCUCAAAAGGGCGAUAUAAAAAUAUCUGAAAAAAUUAUAAGUACCUACGAUACAAUUGUUGCUGGUAACAAAUUUAAAACAUACUUACCGAUAAGUAUUAAAUAAUUAUUUAAUAUGACGGUAAAACAGUGAUCUUAUUAGUUUUCUCAGAAAACAAAAUACAAAUAUUUCUCAAAUGCACGAACCUUCACUGAACACGCGUGUUAUUGCAACACAUAAAUAAUGAAUAGUAUGUAAAGUUAAAAAUUAUGCAGAAUUUAAUAUUUUUAUUAUCUUUCAUCUGUAUAAAAUACGAUGAAUUUGAUACAAAAAAAAGCAUUAUAAUUAUUGCAAGAUAUAAAAAAUCUUUUUGCAGAUAUCCUACAGCAUAAUGUUAUGUUUUUAUUAAAAGAUAAGAAAAGACAGUGAGAUAUUGUAUACAAAAAAAUGUAGAAAAACUUAGAAAUGUAAGAGAGUGAGAUAUUGUAUCUUGUAUUUGAGUAUUAAAUCUGAACGACACUUAAAACAAAAAGUUUAUUAUUAAAGCGAAACGUCAAUUUUAUACAUGUUAACGUCAAUAACUUUUUUAGACAUAAUAUUGCCAGCUGAAAAUGUAAGUCAUUUCCUCAACAACGUAUUUUUAUCUAGCUACAAUAAAAAGAGACCAGAACAAUUACGUAAAAACCUAAAUAUUUAUCACAUUUAAAGUAAUGUUUUACCUUUGGUUAUACGUAUUUGACACCUUUCCAUAGGGAGCUGGCUUCUAUGAGACACUUGCAUCCGCACCCUGUAGGGCAAGUAUCGCGUUGUGUGAACCUGCGCAUCAUGUGUUGCGCGUGGCCGGCGUGGCCGCAGUAGGCACACAGACACGCGAGCCCGCGCACGCCGAGAGUGCACACGGCGCAGCGCAGCGCCACGCGGCCGCAGUGCGAGCACGCCGCGCCGGCCGCCGCGCGCCCGCACCACCCGCACUCCGCCACCAGCUGUGGGCCCGCCGGGGUGUGCUCGUGCUUGCACUUCACUAGUUUCAUCACCUCUGUUUUCUUAUAUAACAACUGCCAACGGUGUAAAAUGUCCGCAUAUGCGCGUUUGAAGCAAUAAUAAAGGUGUUCAGUAGUUUCAUCUAGUACACAUGACGAGGGUCGUUCAGACUUCGUCAUUGUAGAAUCCGUAUAGAAAUUUUCAGCUUCUGAACAAGAAUUGCUUCUUAGUACGAUAGGUAAAGUCCAUCCAUCGGCACUUAUUUCGCUAUAUUGAUUUAGCGUACUAUAGGGUGAAGUGUUGUUUCCCUAGGUACUGAUGCUGGACUGAGAGCUAGAAUUGUUAGUGUUGUUAAAAACACUAAACGCACAAGCUAACAUUGCAGCCAUCUGUAGAUCUGCCGAUUUCGCGUAGUGGGUUAUUAGUGACUGUAAGAGGUUACAGCACAGUGUGUGGCCCUCCCAGCCCAUGGUCUCCUCACUGGAGGCACCGCUGUCACCGAGUCGUGCCCGCAGCGAGCGCGCUGUCUGCGCUGCCAAACCCCACGCAUGCGCCAAUUCAGUUUCCCCUUCCUCUGUAGCGAUUUUAGUGUUCUUCUCGCACAUGUCUAACAGGAUUCUUAGCAUUGAUCACGUACUUCUCAGCUAGAAUGCGAUUUAGAGGGAACAGGCUAGAGGCAGCGUACAAAACCACUCUGGGUGAUACGCAUCCUGAUAUACUUCCACGACUUCUCAUACUUCCAGCACGCCGUCCUUGGGCUUUCCAUCUGUCUUGAAAAUAAGACAUCGUUAUAGAAUUCGACGUAUGUCUAAGAUGUAAUUGCGGGAAACCUGGAGCGUUUGUAGGCGACGGUGUUGUAGUCGCAUGAGGUGACACCGAACUGUAUCCAGCACCGAAUAGCGCGGGCGUCAGCGACAACGAAGACAUGGACCGAGGUGUACCAGUCUCGUGUUUCAAAGACAGACGUCGAGUGUUAGGUGGUCUAUUGAAUACGACUAAGGUGUCAACGCCGCACCAUUUCGCACCGCAAGUGCGAGGAAAUGGUAUACACGAGUCACCCGCAUUUUCACUCUCGGACUGACUUCGUUGGCUGGAUUUCAUGGAAUCUGAGUCAUCGCUGGAUUUUACUGGUAUCUCAUCAAUAGAUGUAGCUAAAGUUUUCAAACAGUGCAAAAGACAUCUGUGACCUUCUUUCUUCUUCCGAUAAGCAGUGACGUUGAUAGCUUGAAGAAUUUUGAUGGUAGUCACGCCAUCCACAUUAGUUCCAGAUAACCAUGAGAAUUUUGGGAUUGUUUGCUCAGUGACAUUUCUCGGGAACAUGACUUGUAAAUUUGCAGUGUAACCAUUCCGUUCAGAAUGUAUCUGACAUGUUCUUGUUUCGAUAUUCAUAUCAGUAACUUCGAUAUUGGCCAUUUCGCGGAUAGAUUCAAAUUCUUCGUCAAUUGUGGUAGAAGUUUUCUUUGGGUAUCUGGACCUUUAUUAUCAGCCAGAGAGAUGUCAUUCAUUGAACUAACUGUAGAAGCAUAGCUUGCAGUAUCACUAUUAUUGUAAUCUUCAUUCUCUGCAUCAUCAGGUAAAUAGUGGUGGCACAUCUUCAAAAGAGAUGGAUGCAUGGACCACACUCUAAGGGACUGGUCUCUACCCCAUGUGACAAGCUGGUAGUUGGAUGGAGAAGUGUUUGGUCUCCAGACCAUAGUCUGCACUGUAUCGGUGUGUCCUACUAGUCUGUGGGAGAGCGUGCCCCCUACCCAGAUUCCAAUAACCCCUGCUUGUUCCACUCUAGGUAAGCCUCCCCAGCCAACUCCUAUAGUCAAUAACCCACUUCCAAAUGGAGUAUAGAUAGCUCUCCAUACAGGAAAAUUGGUCAUUAUUACAUUAUCUGGUCUCCUUGGAUUAUUAAUGUCGAAAUAUUUUAUACUUCCAUCAUGACUUGAUGUAACAAGCUGAUACUCAUGAUGUGGACUCCAGUCUACACCAUGAAUUUUGCAUAAAUGUGCAGAUAUAUAUUGGAUGGGUGCAGUGGUUUUACGAUAGUCCCAGAUUUUAAUGUCGCCAUCAUGAGCUGUGGCCACUAUGUGUGAGGCCACUUUAUUCCAUUGUACUUGUGAAGCACCAGCUACAGCACACAUGGAAAGUAUAGGUUUUCUAGCAUCCCUCAAGUCCCAUAAAUGUGUGAAUGUGUCAAUGGAACAUGUUGCAAUAAGGUUGUGGUCCUGCCUGUGGAAAUGUGUAUCACUGACUACCCUGGUAUGACCACGGAGGGAGGUUAUACAGGUAAGUUCAUUACCACCUCGCCAUUCAUAUACAUCAACUCUCUGGUUACUCGCGAUAGCACACAAUUUUUGGCCAUGAUACGUCUGGCACCACUCUGCACCAGCAGCGUCAUAUUUACUCUGUCGGGGAUAUUUUUUAACAAUACUUCCCGUCUCUUCUUCUAAAUUGAUUUGUUUUAUGGCUAACCACCUCCGGCCGGCCAACAACACGUUGUUGCCGGAAUAAUCCACUGUCAUCGCAGUGGCUUGCAGCUCUCGGUACUCCCAUUUCAUUAUUUCCGAACUCCAAUGCACUGACAUGUUGACUAUAUUAAUAUAUAAAAAUUCAAACGUCUACAUUAACAAGAGAUAACACUAGGUAUUCCUAUAGGAAUAAUUGGACUUUUUAUUUAAGUAUAAGUAAGACGCUUGUAAUAAAAAUACAAUCAAACAUUUGACAGAUCGCUGACUGACAUUGACAAUGAUCAGCUGAUUGAUAGUGGCAACGUUUCAUUCUUACAACACCCAGCAACACUCACAAGUACAAAAAUUACUCAAACAUAAUUUAAACGGAGAAGAUGUGGUUGGCCCACUCUCAGCAA